AUGGACUACGACGUCGAGUCGUGGGUGGAGGAGGAGGCCCGUCGCGGCCGCGGGCGCAGGGCCUCCCACGCGCCCGCGCCCUCCGCGGCGCCCUCCCCGUUCGGCAUCGCGCAGAGCCAACCGCCGGCGACGACGUCCAAGAUCCCGGGCGGCGACUUCGGCUUCGCGCCGCCGCUCCCCGGCGCCGUCCCGGCGACGCCGUUCACGCCGGGUUUCGGCGGCGGCAUCGGCGCGUUCGGCAAGGGCGCGGAUGCCACCCCGUACGCCACCGAGGCCUUCCUAAGGCGCGCGCCCCCCACGGCGAAGGCCGCCAAGAUCCCCAGCCCCGAUCGAUCGACGAUGACGGCACCCGCGCAUACCCGCAUGGACGACGACGACGUCCUCGACGACGCCCACGCCGAUCAUUCGCCCGGCGACGACGCCCGCACCGCCGCGGCGAAGGACCUGGAGACGGACGACGCCCCGCACGAACGCCGCGAGGAGUUCGCAUUCGCCGACGUCCUAGCCGCCGUGCGAGCGGGCGAGGUCACCGCUCGAGAAGCCGCGGGGGCGUUCGAGGAGGCGUGCUGGGAGCGAUCCUUCGAGCUCCGCGAGGAAUCCGCGUCGUGCGUCCACCGCACCGUCAAGGCGGCGGAGCUCGCGCGCGCCGCGGACCUGCUGCAGGCGGAGGCGGGCACGUGGUCUCUCGUGUGGUUCUUGCUCGGCGACGGCGCGGCGAUCGAGGCGGACGGCGCCGCGUCGGAAGCCGCCGCGCGGGCCGUCAUCGCGCGAAGGCAGGCGGCGGGCGGGGACCCGGCGUCCGCGAUCGACUCGGGCGUCCCCAACCCCGCGCCGACGCCGAUACCGCUCUCGGCGAGAAUAAGAAUAGCCGCGAGAGACCAGUCGGGCGACCCGGUUACGUUUCGACUGAACCGCGUCGUGGCGUGGCUGGAGGGCACCGCGCGGGCCGCCAUGCAGCGCGAGCGCGCGGGUUUGGUCCCGGUUCCGGACGAGCACGCGGGAACCCACGUCGACGAUUUCGCAUCCGGAGAGUGUGCGUGGCGAGAGACAGCCUCGGCGUUGGACGCUUCUGCCACCACCGACGGCCGCGGACGUAACUUGUGCCGCCAACUCGACCCCGACGGCCCGUACCGCACGUCCUCCGCGCUGCACCCGACGAACGCGGACGGCGAGGACCGGCUUUUACGAGCGACGUGGCGUUUAACGCGCGCGGGGAUGGUGGACGCGGCGAGGGAGCUGUGCGUACACGUCGGUCAGCCGUGGCGCGCGGCGAGUCUGGGCGGCGCCGCGGGGUUCGCGCCGGCGCCGGUGGGCGCCGCGGCGGACGACGCGUUCGCGAGGUCCGCGGCGAAGCCCGUGGCGGACGCGCUCGAGCGCGCGGAGGCGGAGGCGGAGGCUGGCGCGGAUCCUGCGGCAACGCGAGCGGCGUUGGUCAGAGCGACGGUGGAUGCGGCUCGGUCGGCUGCGGCGGAGAGGGAGGACGAGGAGGCGGCGUCCGAGUGCGAACGCGGGGGCGGCGCGGCGAAGAGGGCGUUGUGGAAGUGGGCGUGCGCGGAGACGGCGCGGCAGACGUCCGCGUGGGCCAACGGCAACGUCGCGUCCUACUCGCGAUUCGAGUCGGCGCUGUACGGAGCCUUCGCCGGGGAUUUGCGAUGGAUGCUCGGCGCCUGCGACGGGGACUGGGAAUCGAGCGCGUGGGCGCACUUCAGGGCGCUGCUGGACGCGCGCGUGGACGCGGUGAUCGACGGGCGGGAUCCCGGCACCCCCGGGCCCGUUCUCGUGGACGACGACGACGACGGAUCGGGCGAUGGUAAGCGCAAAUUGGGCGAUGUAAGCGCCUCGGACGGUGUAAGCGGCGAGGCUGACGCCGUCGGCGCCGGUCUCCUGGCCGGGUUGAACCAGGUCGCGACGCCCCGCUGGCCCACCCCCGAGGCCUUGGCCGCGAUCCCGCCCACCGCGGAGGCGAUCCUCGACGCGCUCAAGCCCCUCGGCGGCGACGGCGAGCACCGGCGCGCGCAGGGGUGCCUGAUCCUCGGCCGGACCCGCGAGCUCGUCGUGGAUAACGUCUUGUCCUGGCUCUUCCCCGGGGUGGACCUCGCGACGCUGGACGGGGAUGUCGACGAGGCGAGCGUUCACGCGGCGCUCGUCGAUUCCCCCGUUCGUUCCCCCGAGCUCCUCCGUUUCGCGACGCAUCUGCUCCUCUUUCUCCGCGAGCUCUUGCCCGACGGCGGCGGUUUGCAACCCGACGGACCUCUGGACAGACACCUCAACGCGGUCGUCGCGCGGUUCGUCCUGCACCUCGUGCAAUCCAAGAGGUACCACCUCGUCCCGCGGUACGCGCGUCACCUCAGGGCGUCGCUCUUGGUGGAGACGUACUCUCGGUUUUUGACGAGGCUCGCGCCCGCGUCCGCGGAGCUCAAGGCGCGGUGCCUCGACGAGGCGUGCGCUUGGAUCCCGAGGGAGGGGGACGGCGGCGUCCGGUCGAUCGUCGUCCGCGCGCUGGACGACUCGCGCGAGGUUGUGGACGCGCGGGGGGUGCCCGACGCCCCGUCGUUGAGCCGAGGCCCGACGCACAGGGAGCGCGUGCUGGAGUGGGCGACGCUGGCGGGGGCGGAGUUGCACCCGGAGGCGGCGGUGCACGCGUGCGCGCUGAUCCGCCAGCUGUGUUUGCAGCGCUCGGCGGCGGCGCGGCUCCGCGGAUGCGACCGGCCUCACCUCACGCUCGACCCGCGCGAUUUCGUGUGCGGCGAGGAGCGCGCUCGGCGCAUCGUGGCCCGGCUCCUGCCCGCGGAUUUGCAGGCUAACGCCGCGGAGCGUGGCCGGCCCGGCGCGGCGACGGAGCUCUCCGACUGGGCCGCGUACCUGGCGGCGUGCGCCGCGGUUGGCGCGUGGCGCGAUCUCGCCGCCGCUCGCGACGCCCGCGCGGCGUUGGACGCGGAGGAGGGUGCGACCGCCGAUUUGAACGAUUUGAACGAUUUGAACGAUUCGGGGGGCGAGGGCGCGAGACUGGCGGCGGAGGCUGCGACCGCCGCCAUCGGCGCCAUCGUCGACUUGGCGUCCCCGAGGCUCGCCGACUCCGACGGCUUCUACGCCCCCGACGUGAUGGACUCGUUCGACCCUGGGGUCGACGGGCCGGGGUACUGGAUGGAUUCCCCCGCGCUCGUCGACGCUGAAGAGGCGGCGAUGGAGACGGAGAAUCGGUCCCCCACGGUGCGUCUGGUCGCGGUGGCGCUGCCCGACCGAAGCGGCGGUGGCGGCGGCGGCGGGGACGGGGGCGCGCGGGGGGUCGAACGAACGGACCCGCACGAGGUCGCCGCGGCGCUCGCGGAGGCGCUGGAGCUCCGCGUCGGGGCCAUCGCGGAUCCGGUCGUGAGAGAAGCCGUGCGAUGCCACGUGGAAGUCACGCGAGGGUGCGUCGGCGACGGGGCGCGCGCCGAGGGAGCGAAAGGCCAAGUCCUCGUCGAGGUCACCGCCGACAUCGACGCACUGAACCUCCCGGUCGCCCCCGGGACGCCGCCGGCUGCGAUUGGCGCCGCGUACGACGCCGCGGCGGUGGCGGCUAGGGACGUGGUCGGCCGCGCCAGGCGAGAAAUCGCGCUCGUCACCGCCGACGCGAUAAAGGGCGACCUGCCGAGGAUCCGAGCCGCGGGGGUGCGCGGUUUAGAUCCCCCCCCGCUGGACGUCCAAUCCGCCGACGGUUCCGACCCGGAGAUGAUCCGCCUGGUGUGCAGGGCGGUGUGUUGGCCGAGUCUGCUGCUGGAGGGGGUGGAGAUUGAGGCGGAUUUGGGGAGCGGGUCGAGCGCGGUGUGCGAGCUCGUCGCCGACGCGGGCCGGGGUUUGCACGAGCUGUUCAGCCGACGGGAGCUCACGUGGAUGCUGCACCUGCAGCGGCAGGGCGAGGUGAACGCCAUCGCCGCGGGAACGAGGGGUCGCGACUGA